ACCUGCAUACGCUUACAUAUGAUAUAUCUCUUCUUGUUAUAUCAAACUUGAUCAUUUAUUCAAAAUCUCUUCAAUUCUUCCUAUCGUUCAGUUUUUCGAUCAUCUUGCAAGAUUAGUCCCAAUAAUAAUGGGGUGUUUGUAUUUUCUUAAAAAGGACAUAACGGAAGAAAAGGUUAAUAAGGAGCAGGAGGUUUGCACGUUGGAUGGAGCUAUUGAUAGCCGUGGUCGUCCUGCAGUCCGAGAGAGAACUGGAAAUUGGGUUGCUGGGAUUUUGAUUUUAGUGAAUCAAGGGCUUGCGACAUUGGCAUUCUUUGGGGUAGGAGUGAAUUUAGUACUAUUUUUGACGAGAGUGAUGGGUCAAGAGAAUGCUGAAGCAGCCAACAAUGUGAGCAAGUGGACAGGCACAGUUUACAUCUUCUCUCUUCUUGGAGCUUUCCUCAGUGACUCUUACUGGGGAAGGUAUAUCACCUGUGCCAUCUUCCAACUCAUAUUUGUUAUUGGUUUGGUGUCAUUAUCAAUAUCAUCUUACAUAUUCCUAUUGAAGCCUAGUGGUUGUGGUGAUAAAGAUUUACCAUGUGGAUCACAUCCAUCAUACCAAAUGGUUUUAUUCUACGUCUCCAUAUAUCUAAUAGCACUAGGAAAUGGAGGAUAUCAACCCAACAUUGCCACAUUUGGAGCUGAUCAAUUUGACGAAGGUGAUCCCAGGGAACAACAUUCAAAAAUAGUGUUUUUUAGCUAUUUUUAUUUGGCUUUGAACCUUGGCUCACUCUUCUCCAACACCAUAUUGAAUUAUUUUGAGGAUGAGGGAUUAUGGACUUUGGGAUUCUGGGCAUCAGCUGGCUCUGCUACUUUGGCAUUGGUUUUGUUUCUUUGUGGCACACCAAGGUAUAGAUACUUUAAGCCUAGUGGAAACCCUCUUCCUAGAUUUUGCCAAGUUUUUGUGUCCGCUACAAGAAAAUGGAAGGUCAAGGUGCUACAAGAUGAUAAACUUUACGAUGCUGAAGAAUUCUCUGCCAGUGAAGGGAGAAAAAUGCUCCACACCGAAGGAUUUAGGUUCUUAGACAAAGCAGCAUUUAUCACAUCAGAAAAUCUUAAACAAAUGGAAGAGAAUAAGUGCAGUCCAUGGUGUCUAUCCACUGUGACACAAGUAGAAGAAGUGAAAUGCAUUCUAAGACUACUCCCAAUUUGGCUAUGCACCAUAUUGUACUCGGUUGUUUUUGCUCAAAUGGCAUCACUUUUUGUGGAGCAAGGUGAUGCCAUGGACACUAGAAUUUCGGCUUUCCACAUUCCUCCAGCAAGCAUGUCUACCUUUGACAUCCUAAGUGUGGCAGCUUUCAUCUUCAUUUAUAGGAGAGUUCUUGACCCUCUUGUGGCCAGAACAAUGAAAUCCAAAGGACUGACAGAGCUUCAGAGGAUGGGAAUUGGCCUAGUCCUAGCUAUUAUGGCCAUGGUUUCAGCAGGGUUGGUAGAGCACUUUAGGCUGAAGUAUGCAAUAGAAGAUUGCAAUGAUUGUGAAGGGUCUAGUUCAUUGUCCAUAUUUUGGCAAGUACCACAAUAUGUGCUAGUGGGAGCAUCAGAGGUCUUCAUGUAUGUGGGUCAACUAGAGUUCUUCAAUAGACAAACACCUGAUGGAUUAAAGAGUUUUGGUAGUGCACUUUGUAUGACUUCAAUAUCAUUGGGAAAUUAUGUUAGUAGCUUGCUCGUUGCAAUUGUGAUGAAGAUCUCUGCCAGAGGUGAGAUGCCAGGGUGGAUCCCAGGGAACUUGAAUAAAGGGCAUUUGGACAGGUUUUACUUUCUCUUAGCAGCACUCACCACAGCUGAUCUAGUAAUAUAUUUAGCAAUAGCUAAGUGGUAUAAGUAUGUCAAAUUUCAAGGAGACACUCAGAAGGACAUCAACAAACAAGACCCUCAACUCCAAGUCUAGAGAAAUUAAAUUACAGGGUAUAAUCUAUGUACUAUUUGCUGUGACACUAGAGAAAUUCAUUUUUGCAUUUCGCCUAGUAGAGCAAAGAAACUACGAAUUGUUUGUUGUGUUGGUGCAUUUACAAAUAAAUUUGUAUUAUUAUAUUACAAAGUAUAUUUGUUUCGGUGCAUAUGUUGCAU